AUGGCCACGAACACUUCGACGAGCCCUAAGACGUCUUCAACCCGCCGCGACCUGGCGCGUGCCCUGUUGGACCCUCAAUCAGGAGGCGUCGCUGCCUUGCGUGCCAUUUUUGAGAUGGCCACGAACACUUCGACGAGCCCUAAGACGUCUUCAACCCGCCGCGACCUGGCGCGUGCCCUGUUGGACCCUCAAUCAGGAGGCGUCGCUGCCUAUGUGCAGGAGUGCGUGCACUCCACGAGGGUUGGUGUGGACGCCACCUUUGUCUUCCUGUUGCAAGUGAUUGAGGAGCUCGACGACGCCAUUAACGAGUUUUUGCCAUCCCCACCCAAUCACCAGCCGCUUGUUCACGACGAUGAAGUGGAACUGGGGACGCUGUUAUCCGCCGCGUCGCUGUCUAUUCGCUAUGUGACAGAACGGCAAGCGAUGAUUCCAUUGUUGCAGAGAUACCGUGAUGCGUUUAGCAAAGUGUUGCGGUGUCCUGUCUGGACGCACAAGUGUUUCUACGGCCUCAAAGCGGUGGCAUUGAUGGGAUCUACGCGAGUUCUCGAGUCUUUCAGUGACCACGUGCCAAUUACUGACGUGUUGAAGCAGUUAAGAUGGUUGUUCCCUCUUUUCAAGGACGACAAUGUCGGCGCAGAGGAGACAGCGCAGAAAAUGAAUGCGCUGUUGCGUCCUUCGUGCGAGUUUGCAGCUGUGGCAUUGCAAACACACGUGGGGGCUCGAGAAUCCAUUUUUACGGACGUGUUGCUGCAACUUUUGCAACUUCUGAUACAAGAAGGCAACAACCAGGAUACAGCUGUCGCGGACGCAGUUAAACUGGAGCUGGCAACGACUGUCGCCGUGCUUCUGGCGGCCAAAUUUCCGUACACUCCACUCAAUACGUUCGCGUUGCUAACGCUCCCUGCAUUUGUCGAGGAGAUGGAAGCGGACGAGUCGAAAUUAUCAGCUGCCAAUGCGAUGUUCGAACCGACAGCUGAGCCCAAGUCGGAGAUCGUGGACGAUGCAGAGGAGAAAGCUUCGUCCGUGUCGGUGGUCAAGAAACUGGAGGAGGAAUGCUGUAAAGUUCUCUGCUCGUGGCUGGAAGUGGACACUCGACGCGUGGUAGCCGCACAGGCUUUGGCUGUACUGUAUCGGGUAAUUGCAAGUGGCUCCGCGGUCGACAAGGUGGCAAACAGCGCAACGUCACUUACUACGCCUCUUGACGAGAUGACCCACACACUGAACAAUGUCGAGCUGACUGCACUUCCCGACUUUGACUUUAUCAACGCGCUACUCGAGUCGAUCCGGGACGUUUGUUUGUUCCAGCACAAACUUGCAACUCCGACGCUUGAAGGAGCUUUCCAGGCUAUGAGAACAGUGAUGCCUCGACUUGAGACCGCGCUGAAGUCAUUCAAGAAGCAGUCAGCUGAGCGACGUAGCGCAAAGGCAGCAUGCUCUGCGAUACGACACACACUCGUGGAGACUUUCCUCUCUUGGCUGCACCAUCCAGACGCUGCCAACUUGCUUACGUGCCAAGUGGACUUCUUGCAUAACAUCGCUGGCACUCUUGCAGACCCACGAGUGUACGGUGAUGUAUUGGCUGUUCUACGCUUGUCUUCCGUUCCGGAAGCCAACACCGAGUACGCUUCGUGUCGUCAGCUUGCCGUUGUGACGCUGUGCCAGGCGAUCAGUCAACUGGAUCGGUACUCCAAGUCCACAGCGAACCGUAUCGUGUCGGGUCUCACGCGUAUCGCUGCAGCAUGUCGCGAGGACAUUCAUCCACUGGCCAAUGAACUGGUGUUGCCUUUACUGCCUUCGAUGCUGGACGGAUCUCAGUGGGGCAAGUUCUUACGUCUUCGCACCGAAGCUGUGGCUACGGUACUGGUCGGAUGCGCCGAAAGCGACGACUUCCAGAUGGAGAAUCACCCGUGGAUCAGCGAUUUCAUGGGCUUUUUGCUCGAUCCGGUCGUGUCUUCGGAGAACGUGCACUCGUUCAUGAUCCUUUGCGGAUUAAUCCGAGCAGAGCGUAAGCUGCUGCUCCACGUGGUGGCGUUCUGUAUGGCCAACCCGCACACAGUCACUCAUACGCUACACGAGCCGCUUGCUCGCUGGCCUCUUUACGAAGAAGACGUGGAUCUUGUGGUUGUCACUCUGGAGCUACUGGACGCUUUACUGAGUGUGGACACUCUUCGCCAGUCCGUGGACGUGGAUGUGAUCUAUGCCACCAUUCUACAGCUCUCGGACAACGCGGCAAGCGAAGGUCUGGACGUCAUUUCUUCAGUCUGUAAGCCAGUUCUCGCAUCACUGGGAGCCAAGCACUAGACUUUCCGACUCGCAGGAGACCAACAUUCCGCUAGUAUCCCAGGAACAUACGUGCCAGUACAACUCGCCGAUCGAAGGCGGGUCCGAGCACUGGUAAAUUAACCCCGCAGACGAGUAGAUCUGCACGUGAGGGCGUAAGCACUGCGUCAUAGAAAGCCUCGACGCUACGAUGCAUUUG